UUUCUCGUGACCACAUCUCCCUACGGAACCCACCCCCUCUUGUCUCUUUAAAUCCCCUCGCACUCCACACACCAAGACUCAAUCGCUAACGGAGGCUAUAAUCCCAAUUCUCAAAUCUCAACUCCAUCAAACAAAGGAAUUCUCUCAAAUCCAUCAAUGCAGCUCACACUACAACAGCUGAAACAGUACGAUGGCACAGACCCAUCGAAGCCCUUAUAUGUGGCAGUAAAGGGUCGUAUAUUCGACAUGACUUCCGGCAAGUCAUUCUAUGGCCCCGGAGGGCCCUACAGCAUGUUUGCCGGCAAGGAUGCGAGCCGGGCCCUGGCCAAAAUGAGCAAAAACGAGGAAGAUGUAAUCGCCUCCCUUGAUGGCCUCACUGAUAAGGAAAUGGGUGUCCUUAAUGACUGGGAGAAGAAAUUCGAGGCUAAGUAUCCCAUCGUUGGUACUGUUAUUAAUUAAGAUAUAUUAUCUGAACUUGAAGGUCUGUGUUCUUGGAUUUUUAAGUGUCUUUGUGAUGUGGGUGUGUGUAGUAUGAUGCGAUUGAUGAAAUGACUAUUGCAUAAAUAAUUAUCCCAAUUGUUGGGAUUUUGUCAUCUGCUCAACAUAUGCUUAUGAAUUUAUGUUUUCAAUGAUGUAUCUGCUCAAUGAUUUAGAUAUGUUUUUUCA